UCAUAUUCCACCACCCCACGUUCACCCCAGUCAGAAACCUCUGACGAUAUCUAUCCACCCGACCUAAAUCCCAUAGCCAUCCAAACCCUAAUUGCCAGAGCAAUGGCAGGCGAAGACGACCAGAAAGAAAGGAAAGGGCAUGUUGCUAAGCCCGAGUACUUCGACGGAAACAAGGCCAAGUUCAAGGCCUGGUGGAGACAGGUACUCACGUACCUGAGAAACAAUAAGAAGGAUUUCGGUACGGACGAUGAGAAGAUCGACUUCGUCAUCUCAUAUCUCAGAGGCCCCAAGGCAGAAGUUUGGUCGCAAAACUAUUACGAUCAACACUUCAGAGAGGAGACAGAAAGCUGGGGAAAGACAUGGGCGGUUUUCAAAACGGAGAUUACCAACGCGUUUCAGGAUUUGAAUCUUGCUGCACAGGCACAGAUCGAGAUUGACCAUCUGCGCCAAGGACAGAGACCAGUUGAAGAGUAUUUUCAGGAAUUGGAAAUACUAAUGACGCAAGCCGGGUACAAGAAAGAAGAUCAGUAUAUCCUGAAAACCGUCCGUACCAGCGUCAACGAGGCACUUGUCGACAAGGUUUACGGACAAGUCACGGUGCCAAUGACAUAC